AUGACCUCGCAAUCGCCAGGCGAUGUAGACCAACAACAGACGAAACCUUCGGAAAGCAAUAGUACUGUCGUGCCUGAGAAAAGAAAACGGAGCAAAUAUAUUGCAAAAGCAUGCAACGAAUGCAAACGCCGCAAGAUCAGAUGCAACGGCCAGCAGCCGUGUCAGCGGUGUGGGCGUCGGAUGGUUGAAUGCAUAUACGCGGUGGAUAGCAGUGUCAAUGACAGCCAAAAUAUUGAGCAAUUGCUCCACCAGGUCCAAAGUCUUCAGGAACAGGUGAAAACGCUUUCGGGAACCGUAGACACCCUGGUCGCACGAGAUGCGGCGCGGUCUUCUGGGUUUAGGAGUGAGCCUUUUCAGCGGCCGAUCGCCAACGCAGAACGAGGAAAAGCAUCUUCAGGCCAACAGCUCUCUUUCCAUGGUCCCACGACUUCAUCUUUCAGUUUCGGGAUCGCCAGGCAGAGCCUACAGACUAGAGGAAUCACCGAACUUGGCGAUGAAGGCGAGGCCACGCAGGAACCCUCUCCCAUGCCUUCCCCUUCACUGUCACCUCAAACGUUUGAAUAUCAGCAAUCUAUCGACCCGCUCUGGGCAAUUAGCAAAGAGGAAGGAAUCCGACUAUGUCGCGUGUACGAGGAAGAGAUGGGAAUAAUGUACCCAAUUCUCGAGCUUGAACAAACUAUAAGCCACGUGAAUGCACUGUAUACCCAUCUCAGGACACCGUCAUUGUCCAGAUCCUCUCAUGAAAGUGCAUAUAACCCGGAACAGCUUGACAACGACGACAUCAAUAUCCUGAAAUUAGUAUUCGCCUGCGCGUUGACCGCUGAGGAGAGCGGCCACAGUGAACUAGGGAUGAGGAUCUUCAAUAGUGUCAGAGACGUUGCAAACGAUUCCAUAUGGAGCCCCCCUGAUAUCAAAAGGGCAAUAUUUCUAACCCUCAUGAUAGAUGAGGAAACGCUAGCCUGGAGGACGAUCGGUACUGUUGUGCGCAUGUGCUUGGAGAUGGGCUUGCAUAGGAGGGAAACCUUCACACGGCCGGCCAUCCUAGCAUUUGGCCGCGAGAGAGUCCUCAAGCUCUUCUGGUCAGUUUACACUCUUGAUAUGCGAUGGAGCAUCGGCACUGGAAUGCCGUUCCAUCUGGACCACAGUGAUAUAGAUCCCUCGCUUCCCCAGCCGAACGGCGUACCCUAUUUGACGGCCAUGAUUGGCUACAGCCGCAUCGCGGAAAAGGUUUGGAAGUUCAUUGCCAGCUCGAGCAGCAGCAAUGAAAUCAAAAAGGAUGAAAUGGCCUAUUUGGAUUGGCAGGUCCUCCAAUGGGCAAAGUCGAUCCCCGAUUCCCUCAAACUGGUGAAACCUCAAUCUACACAAAGUUCAACAACGGACUACCCCAACCGCGGCAUCCGCCGUCUGCAGUGUUUACUCUAUCUCCGUGCGAAUCUGAUGAGGAUGCUCAUCUACCGGCCGGUUUUGCAUACAGGUGCGCAGAUGGCGCGGAAUCCUGUUGAGGCCACGACAGCCGUGGAGAUUGCCAAGGAUACGAUCCAGUUCAUCACACAGUUAAAUAAGACGUCGGACAUCUAUCAACUUCAGCAGGUUGCCUUCAACUGGUUCCUCGUCUCCGCUGUUGCCGUUUUGUUUCUCGCCGUGGCACAUGCUCCAGCUCAAUUCAACAGCCAAUGCAAGGAUGAGUUCUACAUGGCGCUUGAGCUCGUCAAGGGCUUCUCGAUGAAGUCCUACAUCUCACAGCGUCUGUGGAAAUCUAUCAAAAGUCUCAGAAAACUUGCUCCUCAGAUAGGACUUCAGAAAAGUCGCCGUACGGCCACCGACUGUGGCAAUGACACAAAUGACCGAACAGUUGAUGGCUAUGGAGUCGUCAAUUCACAGGAGCCUGUUCGUGAUCCAGGCCCGCAGGACGAGUUUCUCCUCGACGGAACGCAGAUGAGCCGCGAACUCAUGGACUGGUUCGAAGCAAUGGGAGAGUCAGGAAACUCGACAGACGUCCCUAACUUGUUCAAUGUAGAAUCGUUGGACUCCGGUGAGAGUUAUAUGUCUGGAUACGGGAGUGAACUGGCUAGUAUACUCAAAGACUGUUUUUAG